AGAGAUCCACUUUUCUGGACUGUAAUGUUGUUCAUCAGCCUGUCGCCUCCUCUGUAAUGAAGGAGGAGUGUCGACACACACUUAAAUAAGAGCCACGAGCAGGUGCUUCAGUGCCUAACAUUCAUCAGAACAAACACCAGACGUCUGUCAGAGCACCUGGACUUCACCAACACACAGUCUUUCAGUCUGCCUGUAGAAAUGUCUAGGUCUAACACCAACACUACUGGAGGUCCCAGUUCUGCAGCUGCGACCCCGGCGGCUUCAGACACGCUUCUGAAGGUUCACUCUGUCGACUUCCUGAAAUCCAAGGAUGGGCCGAACCGACGCGAGCAUCACACAGACGUUUACUUCAGCGACAAGCUGAUCAUCCGCAGAGGACAGACCUUCCAGAUGUGGAUCGAGUUCUCCAGACCCUUCAACCCGAAAUCUGACAAGCUGGAGCUGCAGCUGAAGUUAGAGCCCAUCUACAGCAGCAGCACUGGGAUUCUCAUCUCUGUCCCGUUAGUGAAUGUCCUGGAAGACAGACGCUGGGAGAUGAAGAUUGUGGAGCAGAAAGACAAACGCGUGCGGCUGGCGGUCAAUACUCUUCCCUCCGCCUCCAUCGGCUGCUACAAGGUGACCGUGGAGUCUUUCUCACCAAGGGGCAAGCUGCUGUUCCCCUGCACCCCCAACGACGUCUACCUGCUCUUCAACCCUUGGUGUGAAGAUGACGCCGUGUAUCUGGAUAAUGAAGCAGAAAGGAAAGAGUAUGUCCUGAAUAGCAUGGGCAGAAUUUACUACGGAACUGAGCAGCAAAUUGGAACCAGAACAUGGAAUUUUGCCCAGUUUGAACAGGAUAUCCUGGAAGCAUGUCUGUUCAUUCUGGAGAGAGGUCAGGUCGCUAUGACCGAAUGGAGAGAUCCAGAGAUUGUGUCCAGAAUGGUAUCUGCUCUGGUGAACGCCAACGAUGACAACGGUGUUCUGAUUGGUAGCUGGAAGGACAGCUAUGAGGGCGGGACGUCUCCCACCGCCUGGAGUGGCAGCGGUGACAUCCUGAGACAGUAUUACAGAAGCUCAGGGAGACCCGUCAAAUUCGCCCAGUGCUGGGUCUAUGCAGGAGUCACCAAUUCUGUGUUGAGAUGUCUUGGUAUUCCCACCCGCUGUGUGACCAACUUCAACUCGGCUCACGACACGGACCUUUCCUUGACCAUAGACAUUUAUAUUGAUGAAAAGCUGGAAAUUAUCAAAGACAAGACCAGCGAUUCUGUCUGGAACUUCCACGUGUGGAACGAGUCCUGGAUGACUCGUCCGGACCUCCCGGCUGGUUACGGCGGGUGGCAGGUGGUGGACGCGACCCCUCAGGAGCCCAGCCAGGGUUCGUACCGCUGCGGUCCAACUUCUGUCUCCGCCGUCCGAAAUGGACAAGUCGACCUGAAAUUCGACACUCCGUUUGUCUUUGCCGAAGUGAACAGUGAUAGGAUCUACUGGCAGAAGAAAACCGAUGGAAGCUUCAGUCAGGUUCGUGUGGAGAAGAACUCCAUCGGUCAGAGCAUCAGCACUAAAGCUGUGGGAUCUGAUGCUCGUGUGGACAUCACACACCUCUACAAAUACCCAGAAGGUUCAGCGGAGGAGCGCAUUGCUGUGGAAAGGGCCAGUCGCUUCGGAUCCAAACCGACUUUGUAUCCGUCUCCCACCAGCAAUGACGUGAGUGUUGAGAUUUUCAUGGACGGGGCAGGGCCUCUUAUCGGUGGAGAUGCCAAACUCUCCAUCGUCCUGAAGAACAAAAGCUCAAGUCAGCGCACAGCCAGUCUGCUGUAUGAGGUGAUGGUCAUGUACUACACUGGCGUGCUGAAAACCACUGUGAAGAAGGAUCAGAUUCCUCUCACCCUCAGACCACAAGAGACCAAGACUAUUCCUUGGACUCUGCAGUAUAAGGAGUACAUGAACCAUCUGGUGGACCAGGGCGCUCUGAAGCUUGCGGUCACUGGACGGAUCAAUGAGACACAACAGAUUCUGGCCACAGAGUUCAACUUCAGGCUGCGCACACCAGACCUCAUCAUCACUCCUCAAGGGGACGCUGUGGUGGGUAAAGAGUUGACAGUCAAGAUCACGUUCCAGAACCCGCUGUCACAAGUGUUGAGGAACGUUUUGUUCCGUAUAGAGGGAUUGGGAAUGCAGAGCGUCAGGAAGAUUGCGUAUGGUGAUGUGGAUAAGCUUGCGACGGUUACACUGACAGAGAAGUUUGUUCCCACUGUCGCCGGCCCUCAGAAGCUCCUGGCAUCGAUGGACUGCCGUCUGCUCACUCAAGUGCAUGGUGUCGCUGAUAUUGUGGUCAAACCAAAGUAAAAAAAAUCACUGUCAUUGUAAAUCCUGCUAAAGUUCUCAGUUGUCUUGAGGAUAUAAGAGUAUUUACAAAAUCAAAUGGUCAUUUAGAGUUAAAAAAUAAUCAAGUACUUUGAUUUUAAACUAAUGUAAAUCAACAAUAUAGAUCUUUCAUGCUUUAUUAAUAUCCUGUCUGUCUGGGUUUGUUUGUGUGUUGAGUUCAAAUAUCUACAGUGUAUCUCAGAAACUGCUUGCUGUACCAUUAUUUAGUCUUGUGAGGUCAGUGUUUAAGUGUUCAAUUUCUGUUUGUUUUUAUUUUUCAGCUCUUUUUUUUAGUUCUUAUUUAACUCUUCUUUUAGUCUAUGGGUGUAGGUUUGAUUUUGACAUAGGUGGGGGCAUAAGACCAUUUUUGUAUUGAUAGACUUUUGACCACAGUUUUGUGUCAUCUAAAGUGUUUAUUUAUAGCUAUGGUAGCUAACAUUCAUAAAGAGAGCUUUUUUAUUUUAGCAUAUUCAUCAGACAAUAAUUACACAAUUUUGAUUAUGUAAAACCAACAACAUUACAGCAGUGGGUUUAAAGAUAUUUUCUUUGGAUUGUUUACUCAAAAGAGAAUAUAGGCCUAGCAAAAUAUAACUUACUUAAAUUGUGUUUCCUGCUAGCUAAAUUUCACAUACAUAAACACAAAUUAACUGGUUCCAAACCUCUCCUUAUUGUAUUAUACAAUUGGUAAUCAGUACGCAAAAAAUAACAAAAAUAAAAACUAAAACACUUUUACUAUAAUAAAACCAUUGUAAUUUUCUUAAGGGAUUUGUAUCUUUUUUUCUUUUUGUUUUUCUAACGUACUGCCUUAAUGGUAUGAUGUUUUGUACUGUUUAAUAACGUAAGAAAGAACAAUACGCGCUCCAAAAUCCCGAUCUGAAUCAAAAGAUUCAUAAACACACUCCAAAGUCCCAAUCUGAAUCAAAAGAUUUGCGAACCCACUCAAAAGUUCCGAUCUAAAUUAAAUGAUUCGGGAACUCACUCAAAAGUAUCGAUCUAAUCAAAUGAUUUGCAGUACUUGCUCAGAAUUCUGAUCUGAAUCACGAUUUGCGAUACAUGUUCCGAAGUUCCAUUCUGAAUCAAAAGAUUCUCAAACCUGCUCCAAAGUUCCGAUCUAAUUAAGAUUCGAGAUACGCACUCUGAAGCCCUGCACUGCGUUCCAUUCGGAAGGGCUCAUCACUAUGCCCUAAUCCCUUCAAAGGGUCUACCCUCUGGAGUUAGAGCAUCGAAGGGAUGAAGGGUGCAGGGGUAAAAAAAAAAAAAGCUCAUUUUUUUUGGAAUGCACUUAUGCGUCAUCUUAACGAGAUGAUCAAGGAGGCGCCUUCAUUGCACUUUUUUCUGUGAUGCCAAACAACUUCCCUGUGCAAAGGAUCAUGGGGGCCUGAAGUGUCCAUCAGUUGUACCCUUCAAAAUUCGGUUAGGAAUGACCCUUCAAUAUGGCAGCCAUGAUUGUUUUCACUCCUAAGUGCGAUAUAUCCCAUUUGGAAUACACAGCUGAUCUAAAUAAUGAUUCAAGAACCUCAGAAGUUCUGCUGCAAAUCAAAUCAUUUGAGGUAAAACAAUCUGAAGUUCCAGUCUAAAUCAAAUAAAUCAAAUAAUCCCGAUAAUGAUUUGUGAACCAUAAUUUCAGAUCAGGACUUCGGAAGUGCGUUUCAUGAAUCUUUCAAUUUGACUGAUUCUAAAAGCUCCAUUUCACCCAUACAUGCUUUUUAAAAUCAUUACAAGUGAUGUUGAAGCGAAAAUGAGGUUUUUUUUUUUUUUUUUUGCUAGUGAGUCCAUGUUUGAAUCAGUCGGACCGGUUCCAUCAUAAAUGACUCACUCAAUUGAAUGGGUUUGUCUGUGCCUCCAUUCUUUUGUGUGUUCAGCCAUGUUUAUUCGAGCGUCAGUACUACUACUACUGGCUUAGCUCGCUAAUUUCAUGACAAUAACUGAAAUAAGUGAAAAACGCAUGAUGUUUAGAAAUAAAAUAUUUUGUAAUAAAUGAUAGUAUAUAUUAAGUGGUAGAUAGAAGUUUAUAUUGAAGUUGUCUGAUAGUCUAGAGUGAUGGUCUAUGUAAAAAGAGCAGAGAAGCAGAUGAACACAAAACCUAUUUAAUACAAUUCAUACCAUGUACACUAUGUUUUUGUUGUCUUUGUCAUUUGCUGUCUUGUGUAGCACUAUGACCCUAAGA